AUGGCUUUAUCAGUUCCAUCCUUUCUAUUUCAUGAUGAGUUAUCUGUCGGAUCUGGAAUUGAUUCUGCAUAUGUCUUGCAGGAGAAGCAUGAUGUUGUGGUUGAGAAACACCAAACUAGAGGAGCAGCUGACUCCACUAUCCACUUCUUUCCUUUCUCUCAAGCAAGAUCAUCAGAAGUUAGUGUGGAGUUCUCGCCCUUAACCGUAUCGAACGACGCGGCCGGGGAGGCGCUGGCGGCCGCGCUGGGCCUGGGAGGCGCCUGCUGCAGCUACGUGCACUGCGACGUGUCGGAGGAGGCCGACGUGGAGCGCGCCGUCGGGUGCUGCGUCGAGCGGUACGGGCGGCUCGACGUGCUCUGCAACAACGCCGGCGUGCUAGGCCGGCAGGACCCGCCGGCCGCCAACGGCUGCACCAAAAGCGGUGGCAUAGCAUCGCUGGACGCCGCCGAGUUCGACCGCGUGCUGCGCGUCAACACGCUGGGCGCGGCGCUCGGCAUGAAGCACGCGGCGCGGGCCAUGCUGCAGCGGCGCGGCGGCGGCGGCGGGGGGAGCAUCGUGUCCGUGGCCAGCGUCGCCGGCGUGAUGGGCGGGAUGGGCCCGCACGCGUACACGGCGUCCAAGCACGCGCUGGUGGGGCUGACCAAGAACGCCGCCUGCGAGCUCGGGGAGCACGGCAUCCGCGUGAACUGCGUGUCCCCCUUCGGGGUGGCCACGCCGAUGCUGGUCAACGCGUGGCGCCACCGCAGCCAUGACGACGACGAGGAGGCAGACGGGAUCGCACCUGCGCCGCCGAGCGAGCAGGAGGUGGAGAAGACGGAGGAGAUGGUGCGUGGCCUGGCGACGCUCAAGGGCGCGACGCUGCGAGCCGGGGACAUCGCGGAGGCGGCGCUGUUCCUGGCCAGCGACGAGUCCAGGUACAUCUCCGGGCACAACCUCGUCGUCGACGGCGGCGUAACCACCUCCCGGAACGUCAUCGGGCUGUGA